CCAGUAAUUCCCAGCAUGAGGCAGGUGACCGUUGGUCAUGCUGGUACUGUUCCCUGGGUGGAAGGAGGCGCAUUAGUUCUGUGUGGGUCUCAAUCUGUUCUCCUUCCUUUCUCGGUGCCAGGCUCUGGCCUAGGCUGCACAGGGACGAUGUCACAGCCUAAGGAAAAUGCAAGUUUCUUGGAGUAAAACUUUUCCUGCUUAAUUUACUUGUUUGUGGGACACAGACUGGCAGGAGUGUUGGCCAGUGAGAGGAGAUGGGCUGGCUGGGGACCGGCUGUACAGCCAGUAGGUUCUGCUGGUGUCGGAGGUGUCUUCUCGCAGCAGCCUCUGCAGAAGGGCUCAGCCGGGUGAGCUCUUAAUGUGGGUGAGCCAGACCAGCUCCUGCUCUGCACCGCAAUCACCUUGAGGAGCAGAGCCUGUGCCGUGCUCCUCCUGACACCAGCCCUGCCACUGCGAGUGCCGCUGUGGAGUGGUUAAUGAUUACCUCUGCCACCCCACACCCCGGCUCCUGCCCUCACCCAGGAGGAGGGAGCGCUAGAGGCUGGGAAGCAGGGAUGCUGCUGCUGGUGCUCCUGGCGCUGCUGCUGGGCCCCGCUGGCUGCCCCAGGACUGAGCCCCUUAGCGAGUCUGGCCAGGAGCCCCUCUUCCGCGGGGCGGAUCGCUACGACUUUGCCGUUGUCAUCCCCGGCGGCACUGUGGAGUGCUUCUGGCAGUUUGCACACCAGAGUGGCAACUUCUUCUUCGGCUACGAGGUGCAGCGGGCAACAGGGAUUGCCAACAACAGGGACAUCCUCACCACGGUGAAUGACCCCAAUGGCUUCCAGCUUGGCGCUUCCCAGGACGUGCGAGGACAGAUCAACUUCCUCACCAAGGAGACAGGUCCCCACCACCCUGGUCCCUGCCCGGCCCAGGCGCAGGCAGGCAGGAGGCUGGUGUCCAGGGGCUGCCAGCUCCCAGCCAGCAGCUCUGAGCCUGGUAAGUGCUUCCCACAGCACCCACUCUCACUUCUCUCUGCAGGUUUCUAUCAGCUGUGCCUGGACAACCAACACAACCACUUUGGCUUCGUACAGGUGUAUCUCAAUUUUGGUGUCUACUAUGAAGGCUUCAACACGGAAAACAAGCAGCUUGAAGAGAGGAAAGAGCUGAAUGACACCCUGGAAGCAAUUGAGACCAGCAUAAAGAAGCUGCAGGUCCACAUUUUCCACAUGUGGCGGUUCUAUAACUUUGCCCGGAUGCGGAAAGGGGCUGACUCCUUCCUCCUAGAGUCUAACUACAACUAUGUCAACUGGUGGUCGAUGUCUCAGAGCUGUAUCAUUGUCCUCUCUGGGGUGCUGCAGCUCUACUUCCUGAAGCGCCUCUUCAGUGUGCAGACCUCCAGCAGGCAAAAGUGCUAGCAGCGCCUGGAACCACAGGCGGGACUGCUGCCUGAGGCACCUGGGAGCCGAGCUGCUCCUCUGCCCCUUUGCAGAGCGGGAGGGAAGGCCAGGCACUGCCUGGGGAAAGAGCGUUCCUUCCACUCCUGCCUUCUCAGCUCUAGCCCUGCCUCGGCUGAAAUCACCUCGCAGAAGAGAAGCGUGAUGUGAUUGCCUGAGCUGUGUGCUGGGUUUGUUUGUUACAGUUCUGCCCCUCUUUUCUACCACACAUCCAAUAAAGGAACCCCUGGCACACGCUCUGGGAAAUGAUUACAGCCUGCUAUACCCAUCCUCUGUGAGCUCAGGUGAAGUGAGUCCUGCUUGGCAGACAGCUGCCUGCCCCAUCCCUCCCUUCCCAAAGCUCAGCUCUGACAGCUCAGAUGCAGGCUGCAAACCUCCCCAGCCUCAUCUGCUGAACCAAACACGCUGCUUCUCCUCUCUGGAGUCACAUCCUUGUGUGAUGCGCUGC